UGAGAAGGUUUGCUAUCUAUAUAAAUGCUAUCGGGAGCGAAAGAGCGGGGGAGCAAACACACUUAAGUGGGGUUGGCCACCCACCGAGCCUUCGCACCAUAGAAGCACUGUGAUACUUCCACGCACAUCAAAGUUGACUUUGGGAAACACUGAUAAGCUAUCCUGGUAGCUUUUCUUCUCAAUGCUAAACUCGACAAUGGCGCUCGUUCAAUUUUUCGAAGCAGGUAUAAAGCCUUGCACAAUUCUUGCGAGCAAAAAUACCACAGCUUCACGCUCUUCCUCUUUGCCAUCUUCCUCUUCAGAUACCUCAAACUACUCGGUGCCCUGAUGCCCAAGACUCAUCGCCAUGCAACUUGCGCAUAACCUCCUCCUCAGCUUUGCACUGUCAUCGCCUGUCUCGGCGAUGUUUACCUGUGGCAACGAGAAUGCCACUCUCUUUCCCCCACCACCCAUCGACAGAAGCCAACUCAGUAUGAGAAGACGGCAAAUAUAUCUUCUUCCUCCUCCCAUCGAACUCAUAGUUCAUGUUGUUGCCCGCUCAAAAAGGCGUCAAGAUGGAUAUCUUUCAGACGAGGACAUCCAUCGGCAGGUUCAAGUGAUCAAAGACUCAUUCGCACCCGCUGGUAUCACCUUCAACCAUACCAAAAAUCAUUGGUUUGUGACAAAAGCCUGGUCUUUUGAGACACCCGGGUCACAAGAUUGGGUGGACAUGCAGUCGUUGUUGCAUGAAGGCGAUCAGAGGACACUCAACCUCUACUUCGUCCCAUGGAAGAAUGCUACUAAAGGCGGAUUUUGCACGUUGCCGUGGUCAAUGGGUGGGCCGCUCGAUGGCUGUGUCAUCAAGAGCAACACGGUGCCUGGAGGUGGACACAGUUAUUGGAGCCAAGGGAAGGCAGCCGUUCACGAGAUAGGCCACUGGCUCGGACUCGCGCACACGUUUGAAGUCCGCGAUCCUGAGAACCCGUGCGACCCAACAGAUCCAGACGAUGGCGUUAUUGACACCCCCAAGUUCGAUUAUCAUCAUUACACCCAGGAGAUGAAGGGCACCUGCCACCUGGACCUGAAUACGUGCCCCCACUUGGAAGGCAAGGACCCUGUUCACAACUACAUGUCGUAUGUCUCUGAUGAGUGCGCGACCGAGUUUACAAGGGGUCAAGUCGUGCGAAUGUACGAGAUGUGGGCAAAGUAUCGGGCGAUACUUCCGGAAAAAUGAAUGGGAGAGGACUGUGGAGGGCUCAUGAACAGGCAUACUGUGGCCUCGAAAAGGCGGAAAUUCCUUUACCUGUCAUCUCGUGACCUGUCUACUAAGGUACAUGACAAGCUUGAGGAACCUGUGACUUGGGUAGAUAGCAAUACUUUAUAUACACCAAUCUACGACCAUAACGUGAUCUCUUCAUUCUUUACACCUUCCCCAAACUCCUCACAUACUCCCCCACAAUCCCCUCCGCCCCCGGCCCCUCAUCAACCACCAACCCCAACCUCUCCGCCGUGCUCAAGUCAAAAUCCGUCGGCCAGCUCCUCAAAAUCCUUUCCAACCCCUCAUCCCGCACCUCCUUCACCAACCCCAACUUAUCCUCCCCGCCAAACUUCCCCAACGCAUCCAUCAUCUCCUGAACAGAAACACUCACCCCUGGAAACUGAAUCACCCUCCUAUGCACAGGCAAACACCCACUCCCCAACCCCAAAACCCUAACCAGAUUCUCCGCUAUCGUCCUCGGCGAAGCCAAAAAGCUCUUGAAACCCCUGUCCUCAAUCGGGACCACACACUCCACCCCCCUCAUCGGCUCCCUUAUAAUCCCCGACAGGAAGCUCGACGCCGCAGCCGUCGGCCUCCCCGGCCUGACACUAAUGGUGGGAAACCGAGCAAUAAACACGUCCAGAAACCCCUUUCUGUGCAGCGAGGUGAGGUACGACUCCGUCAUGAGCUUGUGGCAGCCGUAGGUGCUUUCCGGCGUGGGCAGCACGUCGUCGGUGAUUUUUCCCUGGGGUAGGGGCUGUCCGAAUACCGCUUGGGAGGAGGCGUAUAUGACGCGGCAGCCGGGAUUGGUGAGGCGGAGCUGGUCGGUGAUGAGGCGGAUCGAGUCGACGUUUACUUUGAGGGAGAGGUCGUAGUCUUCUUCCGAUCCGGCGGACAUGAUGCCGUGGAACAGGAAGAUUGCGUGGAGGGGCUGGGCGGCGGUGAGGAGGGUGGUGAUGAAGGCAGGGGAGGUGAUGUCGCCUUGGAGGAGGGUCGCGUUGGAGGGGUGGGUGACGUUGGGGGGGAGGAUGGGGGGGUGGAGGUCGGUGAGGACGAGGCGGUAUUCUGGGGAGUUGAGGAGGCGGGAGGCCAGGAGCGGGCCGACGAGGCCGGAAGCGCCGGUGAUGAUGAUGUUCUUUGCUUCAGACAUGUUUCGAACAGGGCGUGAGUAUUCAGUGUUGUGGAGUUGUUGAUUGAGUGAGAGGCGGAAUGUCGUGUCAUCGCUAUGAUGAGACCACGGGAGAUUAAACCCUUGUUGGUGGCGUUGAUGCAUGUUGAUGCGGGGUGGUCAGUGAGGACAACAUCUGAGAGGUCAAGCUUCGAACAGGUGGAGUCAAUGACAACAACAAAAAGAGCUGUUCCCUGAUUUAUUUGGUUUACCCCAGGGGCUAGUGUCCGCGGCAUUAUGUCCGUCGCCACAUCCUAGUACUGUACAUGUAGUCACAAAGACAAUCGAGAUUUACCCAAGCCUUUU